GCCAUCGCUGCGGAUCAAGAGCAGAUCAGCGUCGACCAACGCGGGGCCUCGCUAGGACUCACGGACACGCGGCUGGACCGGACCCCUGCACGGCCGACACCUGCUCGGGAACUGAGACAAAACCUCCCCCGCAAACCCCGCAAAAACCUCCGCUGCCCCGGGUUCCGGGCCGUCGUCCCCGCCCGGCUCCGACCUUAGUCGACCCGCGAGGAGGUCGCGGCUCCGCUAGCUGCAGCUCUGGAACCAGCCGCCGCCAUGGCGCAGAUCCUGCCCAUCCGCUUCCAGGAGCACCUGCAGCUCCAGAACUUGGGGAUCAACCCAGCCAACAUUGGCUUCAGCACUCUAACCAUGGAGUCUGACAAGUUCAUUUGCGUCAGGGAGAAAGUGGGUGAGCAGGCCCAGGUCGUCAUCAUCGAUAUGGGUGACCCCAACAAUCCCAUUCGCCGCCCAAUCUCUGCCGACAGCGCCAUCAUGAACCCCGCCAGCAAGGUUAUUGCCCUGAAAGCUGCAAAGACCCUGCAGAUCUUUAACAUUGAGAUGAAGAGCAAGAUGAAGGCUCACACGAUGACGGAUGAUGUGACCUUCUGGAAGUGGAUCUCCCUCAACACCGUUGCCCUGGUCACAGACAACGCAGUGUACCACUGGAGCAUGGAGGGAGACUCUCAACCAAUCAAAGUCUUCGACCGUCACUCCAGCCUGGCAGGCUGCCAGAUCAUCAACUACCGCACCGAUGCUAAGCAGAAGUGGUUGCUGCUCAUUGGCAUUUCGGCGCAGCAAAACCGUGUUGUUGGAGCCAUGCAGUUGUACUCGGUGGACAGGAAGGUGUCUCAGCCCAUUGAGGGCCACGCCGCUGGUUUUGCACAAUUCAAAAUGGAGGGCAACACCGAAGAGUCAACUCUUUUCUGCUUUGCGGUGCGAGGACAGGCAGGAGGAAAACUUCACAUCAUCGAAGUUGGGACCCCUCCAACUGGGAACCAGCCCUUUCCAAAGAAAGCCGUGGAUGUUUUCUUUCCUCCAGAAGCCCAGAACGACUUCCCUGUUGCCAUGCAGAUCAGUUCUAAGCAAGAUGUGGUCUUUCUCAUCACCAAAUACGGCUAUAUCCACCUGUAUGAUCUGGAAACUGGAACGUGCAUUUACAUGAACAGGAUCAGCGGAGAGACCAUCUUCGUCACGGCCCCCCACGAACCCACUGCUGGAAUCAUUGGCGUUAACAGGAAAGGACAGGUGUUGUCUGUGUGUGUGGAGGAGGAAAACAUCAUUCCCUACAUCACCAAUGUGCUACAAAACCCAGACCUGGCUCUCCGCAUGGCUGUACGCAACAACCUGGCUGGUGCCGAGGAGCUGUUCGCCCGCAAGUUUAACACCCUCUUUGCAGCAGGGAAUUACUCAGAAGCAGCCAAGGUGGCAGCCAAUGCGCCUAAGGGUAUUUUGCGGACUCCAGACACCAUCCGUAGGUUUCAAAGUGUUCCGGCCCAGCCGGGCCAGACGUCUCCUCUGCUCCAGUACUUCGGCAUCCUUCUUGAUCAAGGCCAGCUAAACAAGUUUGAGUCCCUGGAGCUAUGCAGGCCUGUUCUUCAGCAGGGCCGCAAGCAGCUGCUAGAGAAGUGGCUUAAAGAGGACAAGCUGGAAUGUUCUGAGGAGCUUGGAGACUUGGUGAAGUCGGUAGAUCCAACACUUGCCCUUAGUGUCUACCUCAGAGCCAACGUCCCCAAUAAAGUCAUUCAGUGCUUUGCAGAGACCGGACAGUUCCAGAAGAUUGUCCUCUACGCCAAGAAGGUGGGCUACAGUCCAGACUGGAUCUUUCUGCUCAGGAACGUCAUGCGGAUCAGCCCAGAGCAGGGUCUCCAGUUCUCCCAGAUGCUGGUGCAGGAUGAAGAGCCCCUGGCUGACAUUACACAGAUUGUUGACGUGUUCAUGGAGUACAACCUGAUCCAGCAGUGCACGUCCUUCCUGCUGGAUGCCCUGAAGAACAACAGACCCAUGGAAGGGCCACUGCAGACACGUUUGCUGGAAAUGAAUUUGGUCCAUGCACCACAGGUUGCGGAUGCCAUUCUAGGCAAUCAGAUGUUCACCCACUAUGAUCGCGCCCAUGUGGCACAGUUGUGUGAGAAAGCUGGUCUCCUACAGAGGGCGCUGGAGCAUUAUACUGACUUGUAUGACAUCAAGCGUGCGGUGGUGCACACACACCUUCUUAACCCAGAGUGGUUGGUGAAUUUCUUUGGCGCUCUCUCAGUUGAGGAUUCCCUGGAGUGUCUGAGGGCCAUGUUGUCUGCCAACAUCCGCCAGAACCUGCAGAUCUGUGUGCAGGUUGCUUCCAAGUACCAUGAACAACUUUCAACUCAGUCCCUCACUGAGCUUUUUGAGUCAUUCAAGAGUUUUGAGGGUUUGUUCUACUUCCUGGGAUCCAUUGUGAACUUCAGCCAGGAUCCAGAGGUCCACUUCAAAUAUAUCCAAGCCGCCUGCAAAACAGGCCAGAUCAAAGAGGUGGAGAGAAUCUGCAGAGAAAGCAACUGCUACGACCCCGACCGUGUGAAGAACUUUCUCAAGGAGGCCAAGCUUACUGACCAGCUGCCUUUAAUCAUCGUGUGUGACCGCUUCGAUUUUGUUCAUGAUCUGGUCCUGUACCUUUACCGCAACAGCCUGCAGAAAUACAUAGAAAUCUAUGUUCAGAAGGUGAACCCAAGUCGUCUGCCGGUUGUCAUCGGAGGGUUGUUGGAUGUAGACUGUGCUGAGGACGUAAUCAAAAAUCUGAUCUUGGUAGUAAGAGGACAGUUCUCUACAGAUGAACUCGUUGCUGAAGUGGAGAAAAGAAACCGACUGAAGUUGCUGUUGCCCUGGCUGGAGGCUCGUAUCCAUGAAGGUUGUGAGGAGCCCGCAACCCACAACGCUUUGGCCAAGAUCUACAUCGACAGCAACAACAACCCCGAGCGUUUCUUAAGAGAGAACCCCUUCUAUGACAGCCGUGUCGUGGGCAAGUACUGUGAGAAAAGAGACCCCCACCUCGCCUGUGUGGCUUAUGAACGAGGACAGUGUGACCAGGAACUCAUUCACGUGUGCAAUGAGAACUCGCUGUUCAAGAGUCUGUCCCGUUACCUGGUGCGUCGCAAGAAUCCGGAUCUGUGGGCGAGUGUGUUGCUGGAGACCAACAACUACCGACGACCACUCAUCGACCAGGUUGUCCAGACAGCCUUAUCGGAGACCCAGGAUCCAGAGGAAGUGUCUGUUACAGUCAAGGCCUUCAUGACGGCCGAUCUUCCCAAUGAGCUCAUUGAACUUCUGGAGAAGAUUGUUCUGGAUAAUUCUGUCUUUAGCGAGCACAGAAACCUCCAGAAUUUGCUCAUCCUGACAGCCAUAAAGGCGGAUCGAACACGUGUCAUGGAGUACAUUAAUCGCCUGGACAACUACGAUGCCCCAGACAUUGCAAACAUCGCCAUCAGUAACGAGCUGUUUGAGGAGGCUUUUGCUAUUUUUAGGAAAUUUGAUGUCAACACCUCUGCUGUGCAGGUUCUGAUCGAACACAUUGGUAACUUGGACAGAGCUUAUGAAUUUGCAGAGCGCUGCAAUGAGCCCCCCGUGUGGAGUCAGCUGGCAAAGGCCCAGCUUCAGAAGGGUCUGGUCAAAGAAGCCAUUGACUCUUACAUAAAGGCCGAUGACCCUUCAGCUUACAUGGAAGUGGGACAAGCGGCAGCCCAAAGUGGAAACUGGGAGGACCUCGUGAAGUUUCUGCAGAUGGCUCGUAAGAAAGCCCGCGAGUCGUAUGUUGAGACUGAGCUGAUCUUCGCUCUGGCCAAGACCAACCGACUGGCCGAGCUGGAAGAGUUCAUCAACGGUCCCAAUAACGCUCACAUUCAGCAAGUGGGCGAUCGUUGCUACGACGACAAGAUGUAUGAAGCUGCCAAACUGCUUUAUAACAAUGUGUCCAACUUCGGCCGUCUGGCCUCCACGCUGGUGCACCUGGGAGAAUACCAGGCAGCCGUGGACGGAGCCCGCAAGGCCAACAGUACCCGCACCUGGAAGGAGGUGUGUUUUGCUUGUGUGGAUGGGAAGGAGUUCCGCCUGGCCCAGAUGUGCGGUCUGCAUAUUGUUGUUCAUGCUGAUGAACUAGAGGAACUAAUCAACUACUACCAGGACCGCGGUUACUUUGAGGAGCUGAUCACCAUGCUUGAGGCCGCGUUGGGGCUGGAACGUGCUCACAUGGGUAUGUUCACCGAGCUGGCCAUCCUCUACUCCAAAUUUAAACCCCAGAAGAUGAGGGAACACCUGGAGCUCUUCUGGUCCCGCGUCAAUAUUCCAAAGGUUCUCAGGGCAGCUGAGCAGGCCCACCUCUGGGGAGAGCUGGUGUUCCUCUACGACAAGUAUGAGGAAUACGACAACGCCAUCAUCACCAUGAUGAACCAUCCAGCGGACGCGUGGAAGGAGGGCCAGUUCAAAGACAUCGUCACCAAGGUGGCAAAUGUGGAGCUGUACUACAAGGCCGUCCACUUUUAUCUGGAAUUCAAACCACUGCUGCUGAACGAUCUGCUCAUUGUCCUCUCCCCGAGACUGGAUCACACUCGGGCUGUAAACUUCUUCAGCAAGGUGAAACAGCUUCCUCUGGUUAAACCUUAUCUUAGAUCUGUCCAGACUCACAACAACAAAUCAGUGAACGAGGCACUCAACAACCUCUUCAUCAUUGAGGAAGACUAUGCGGCACUGCGCGCGUCUAUCGACGCUUACGACAACUUUGACAACAUCUCGCUGGCCCAGGGCCUGGAGAAGCACGAGCUGAUUGAGUUCAGAAGGAUCGCAGCUUACCUGUUCAAGGGCAACAACCGCUGGAAACAGAGCGUCGAACUGUGCAAGAAGGACAAGCUCUACAAGGAUGCCAUGCAGUAUGCAUCAGAGUCCAAGGACAUCGAGUUGGCGGAGGAGCUCUUGGCUUGGUUCCUGACAGAAGACAAGAAGGAGUGUUUUGCUGCCUGCCUGUUCACCUGUUACGACCUCCUGCGGCCAGAUGUGGUGCUGGAAACCGCAUGGCGGCACAACAUUAUGGACUUCUCCAUGCCAUACUUCAUCCAGGUCAUGAGGGAGUAUCUCUCAAAGGUUGAUGCGAUAAAGGAAAAGGUGGACAAACUCGAAGCCUCUGACUCUCUGAGGAAACAGGAAGAGCAAGCGACAGAGUCCCAACCCAUUGUUUACGGCACACCGCAGCUCAUGCUCACCGCAGGGCCCAAUGUGGCUGUCCCUCCUCAGCAGGCCUACGGUUACGGUUACACAGCAGCACCAGGCUACACUCAGCCUCCCCCGGCCAACUUUGGUUACAGCAUGUGAACAUCCAGCUACCACCCCCCCUCCUCAGUUUGACCCACCUGUUCCCCCUCAUCUGUCCCCUCUUUGUGUUCCUCACCAGCUUCCCAUGGGCCUCUGCUCACAACAGGGGCCACAAGCAAGCAACAGCCCACUCUUGUUUUGAGUGACAUUUUUUUAUUAUGUUGUCAUGUUACACAAAGAAAAAAAGAAAAAAAUUAACUGCAUUGAAGGACUUUUUAUUUGUAUUCUUUGAAAGACGUUGGACCACAUUUUGUUUUUCACAUUCCAUAUUUAUUACGACUUGUUUAGGUGAAUUUUGUGUUUAAGUUAAUGUGUUGUUUUUUUGUGUUUUCUUUUCUUCUUUUUUUUUUAUUGAUUUGUGGUUUGUGCAGAAGUGGACUUGCUAAAGCUCAGUAAUGAACCUUUGAAGUAGGUGGAGGAACAUUGGAUUUUGCACUCAUGAAGAAGUGACUAGAGAAGCUCUUAUUUUGGAUGUACUGAACAUGGGACCAUCUUCCAUUGUCUGGUUUGUCAGUACAAUUUAAUUCAUCGUUGUAUAUUCUGAUGGGGAAAAAAAAUGCAUAUAAUAUUGAACAUAUAUUGCCAUUUCAGUGGCUAUAGCUAGCAACACUAAGUAAUGAUAGUAUAUUCUGCACAGGCGUGUAGCUUUAUGGAGUUUUAAAUGCAUACAGACGUAUGUCACUGUGUGACUGAGGAAGUGUUUGUGUGCGUGAGUGUGUGUGUGUGUGUGUGUGCGCCUUCGGUUAUGAUCUGAAGGUUGAAAUAAAGAUGAAAAAAAAAACAAAAAAAAGACCCCCCCCUCCCACAUCGGCCUGUAGAGGGCUGUCCACUCCACCUCGUAGAUAUUAGCUCUUCUUCAUCGGCUCCAUGUAUUAAGGUGACCUCUCGUGCCGUGUACAGUGCUUGUGUGAGACUGUAUUUGUGUAUGUGCAAGGACGGGACCACGGCUACCAGACCCCAGGGCCCGCCACCGUACUGCGUGUCUGUUAUUUACUCUCAGCCCUCCUCGUACGGAGGCCCGUGUAUGCCAGGUGUUGUGGUGUUUUCCUCCGGUCACUUUUUUUUCUCUCCCUCUCUCUCUUUCUCUCUCUCUCUCUGCGUGUACAGAUGUGAACAAGAUGAACAACUAAAAACUUUUAGAUGGAGACCCCACCUAUAUGUCCCCCACCGAUUCUUUCCUCUCCUGUGUCUUCUUUUGGUAAUGCUUUUCAGCAGAAGCAAAAAAGGCAGAAGAAGGCAGGCUGGUGGUACCUUUGAUGUUCUCAUGACAACUUGAAAAAGAUCCAUAAACACUCCUGUAGGUUGUGUGUUUAGAUGGUUAAGAUGAAGAAAUUUAGGUCUCUGUACAUCCAGUUCUGUGUUGAGAAUGGUCUGGAAUAAAGAGCCUGUUAUUUACCUUGAUGUACUUAACUUCCUUACAUGCUUUAAGCUGUGUGUGUGUAAAGUGUCAUCCUAACAUAAGUUUAAUUCCUUUCUGUUGUCAUGCAUAUUAAUGAUAAAGGGGACAUGUCCUUGAUACGUGGAAGAAUAUGACUCAACUGAAAGGGAAAUACUAGCCUAAAUAAAAGUGAAAAAUAGUC